UCUGUGAGGGAACUUUAUUCGGCUUCUGGAGACGAGGGUCGCGGUUCGCCGUGGUUUCCGCUCCUCCGCUGCUGCUCUUUUGUAGUGUAAAAAGCAGUAACAAAUACAAUAAAAACUACUUCCUUUCUACUUCUGACUAUUCUUCUCUUCUUAUUACAACAUCUGCGCAGACAAUCGGCAUCCCACCCCCACCGGUUCACUUUCGCGGCUCACGUCAUAGUAAACAACCGCAACCCGAACCAACCCGCCAAACCACCGAACCGACUCCCGAACCCGGUGGCCCACGCCGGAGCUGACCGACCCAAAGCCAUCAAUGUCCUCCACGUCUUCUUCUCCUCCUCCUCUCUUCUUCUCUUCUUUCUGCAAGACAGCAGACAACAGCAGACACAAUGAAUCGCCUCUGGGGAAGCAAAGACAAAACACCAAAGCCAACGCUCGACGAUGCCAUGUCCGGCCUCGACACCCGGAUAUCCUCGCUCGACGUCAAGCUCUCGAAACUGAACUCCGAGCUCUCGGUCUACCAGCAAAAGCUGGCGCGCAUGAACGACGGCCCGGGCAAGAACGCGCUGAAGCAGAAAGCGCUCAAGAUCCUGAAGCAGCGCAAGAUGUUUGAGGCCCAGAAGGACUCGCUGCAGCAGCAGAGCUGGAACAUGGAGCAGGCCUCGAUGACGACCAAUAACCUCCGCAACGUGAUGACGACCGUCGACGCCAUGAAGGGCGCAAACAAAGAGCUCAGGAAACAGUACGGCAAGAUCAAUAUCGACAAGAUCGAGUCGAUACAGGACGAGAUGGAGGACCUGCUCGAUAUGUCGAACGAGUUGCAGGAGACCAUGUCGCGCUCGUACGCGAUCGACGACGAGAUCUCGGAUACUGAGCUCGACGCGGAGCUCGAGGCGCUCGGGGAUGAUAUGCAGUUCGAGACCGGCGAGGCGGAGAUGCCGAGUUAUCUCAUGGAAGGCGGCGGCGGUGGUUUGCCUGAAUUUGUCGACGAGCCGGUCAAGGAGGAUAAAGAGGAGGUCGCUGCGUGAUUCUAAUUGUCAUAAUAUAUUACUACAGCAGUCUAUGUACAUCGCUCAACUCAGUCUUCUCGCAGCAAGAAAGUAAUUCCCCAAAUCCCGUGGCCCGCAAAACUCCCAGCCCACAAACG